CUUCUUGGCUUGCUCAAGCUUGUUGCUUGUGCCUGAGCCGGUUGCAAUAUUUCCCCAACGGCUGCGCAUGAACCGCCAUAAAUGGCGACUGAUAUCAGCCACACGCCGCCCGAGUAUGGCGAUGCCGAGAAGUCGGGUGCAUAUGACAACGGUGGUGUCAAGACGGCGCACAAUCUACACGGCCAAGAUGUCGAGCUUGAGAAUGGUCACCUCGCAGAGCUGGAGGUCGAUAUGGGACGGAUCCUCUCCAGAUUGGAGGAAGAGGGAGAUUAUGAGGCCGAUACCUCACCGUUUCCUCAGGUCAGAGCAGUUGUCCCGGAAACGGACGACACUGCGAUGCCUGUCAACACCUUUCGAGCAUGGUUUCUCGGUAUUGUCUUUGUCUUCCUCGGCGCCGGCGUAAACCAGUUCUUCUCGCUCCGGUACCCUGGUGUCCACAUCGUGUCGCUUGUUGCAGAGCUGCUGGCCUUCCCGAUCGGUGUCAUACUCGCCAAGAUUCUGCCGAUCAGUCGCUUCAACCCUGACCGCCACUUCAAUAUCAAAGAGCAUGCGCUCGUCACGAUCAUGUCGAACGUGUCAUUUGGCUUUGGCUCGGCUGAUGCGACAAAUCUUAUCCAGGCUGCCAGAUUGUAUGGCUUCAGCAUCCCGCCGGGGUUCUCGGUGUUGGUCGUCCUGUGCUGCCAGCUUAGUGGAUAUGCUGUCGCCGGUCUCGCCAGUCCGUGGCUGGUCCGGCCCGCAAGUAUGAUCUGGCCUGGUGUACUUAGCAACGUUGCUCUCCUGUCUUCGCUCCACUCGCGCGCCAAUGCCAUAGCUGACGGCUGGAAGAUCAGCCGUAUCCAUUUCUUCAUGGUUGUGGGCGGAUGCGCGUUUGUCUGGUACUGGUUUCCCGGCCUUAUCUGGACCGGCCUCAGCUAUUUUACCUGGAUCUGCUGGAUCGCGCCCGACAACCUGGCCGUCAACCAGGUCUUCGGCAUGGUCACGGGCAUGGGUCUCUUCCCGCUCACAUUCGAUUGGUCCAUGAUCGCAUACAAUACAAACCCGCUGCUGAGUCCCCACUGGGCUGCUCUGAACGUGUUUAUUGGAUUCGUGCUUUUCUUCUGGAUCGUCACGCCGGCGAUCUACUAUACGAACACUUGGUUUACUUCGUAUAUGCCGUUUUGUACUGCAGAUGUAUACGACAGGUUUGGGGACCUAUACGAUGUGUCCCAGGUCCUGACGAACAAUGAGUUUGACCAGCAAAAGUACGCAGCGUACUCCCCACCCUACCUCCCGGCAAUGUUCGCGUUCGUUUAUGGAAUAUCCUUUGCUUCUCUCACUAGCGUCUUGUCUCAUGUCUAUUUCUUCCACUGGGACGAGAUCAAGCACGCCAUGAGGGGCACACUGAAGCUCGACAUACAUGCGCGCCUCAUGAAAUCCUACAGCACGGUCAAAUGGUGGUGGUGGGCAAUCAUUUUACUUGUCGUCUUCGGUAUGAGCGUCGGCACCGCAGAGGGCUACGAUACGGGCUUGCCAUGGUGGGGCAUCAUUCUCGCCUUCAUCAUCCCGGCGGUCUACAUGGUGCCCUGCGGCAUGAUCCAGGGUAUCACCAACGUCGACGCGAACCAGCUCAACGUGCUCUCCGAGUUCAUCGGCGGCUACAUGUUCCAGGGCAAGCCCAUCGCCAACAUCCUGUUCAAGAUCCUCAGCACCGACGUCGUGGGCCAGGGUCUGUAUUUUGCCGCUGACUUGAAGCUGGGCCACUACCUCAAGAUCCCGCCGCGCACCCUGUUCUUUGCCCAGGGCCUCGCUACCAUCCUCGGCGCCUUGACCCAGACGGGCGUCACAAUAUGGAUGCUCGGCAACGUCGACGGCAUCUGCGACUCGGACCAGCCCAACGGUUUCUCGUGCCCCAACGGCCGCACCGUCUUCUCGUCCUCCGUCAUCUGGGGGCUCGUCGGUCCCGCGCGCCUGUACUCGGUCGGCGCCAUCUACUCGGGCCUGCUGCACUUCUUCUGGAUCGGCCUGAUCCUGCCGCCCAUCACCUGGUACAUCUGGAAGAAGACGCGCUCGGACUUCGUCCGCAAAAUCAACUGGCCCCUCAUUUUCGUGGGCACGUACAACGUGCCACCCGCGACCGGCAUCAACUACUCCUCCUGGUACAUCGUGAACCUGAUCUUCAACAAGAUCAUCUGCCGGCGCUUCUACGCCUGGUGGACAAAGUACAACUAUGUCCUGGCGGCAGCGCUGGACACCGGGCUGGCGGUCAGUGGCAUCGUCAUCUUCUUUGCCGUCACCUACGGGCCGAAUGCGCAGUUCCCGGACUGGUGGGGGAACACUGUCUGGCAGAACACAGCGGAUGGGUUGGGGUUGCCGUGGCUGGAGAUGCCGGAUGUGGGUUAUUUUGGGCCUGCCAACGGGACGUGGUCGUAGAGUCAACAAAAGCUAUCUUUACGUUAGGCGCAUUUCUGCUGCUGAAAACAGUGCUAACUUAGAACCUGACGGCUGAAUAA